UGCUUUGUGACACUCAGACCGAGCUGAUUCUGAAUGAACAGACUGUGUUUAGCACCUGCUGCAGAGUCUGGCAGAUUCUCGUAAACGUUGGUGAUUCUAAUAGAAAUGUGUUUGAUGAGCACACACCUGAUGAAUCCUGUGUGCCGCGCAGAGAAGAUUUGCAGUCAGUUCUGUGGGUCGUGUAGGGCCUUUUCAACAGAAAAUGCACAUCAAUCACAGAAUCCAGUCAUAAAAAUGUAAUUUAUUUAAUAAUGCGGAAUGUCACAGAAUUUGGCAAAUUUUGGAUAAAUAAUUCCAAAGUAGAGAUGUACAGGUAAUGAAAUGCUGAUAGUAUCUGUGAAUAUUAAAGCAGGUAAAUGCUGCUGUGUGAAUGUGAAGUCUCAUGAACUCAUCAACAUCAUCAUCAUCAUCACGUCACCAGCGUUUCACCAGUUCUUUUAUCAAAUCUAUCAUCAGCUACACACACAAACUCAAAGACAGAAACAAUUAUGAUGGAAAUUUGAGAUGCACCGAUUGCAAUUUUCUUGGCCGGAUCCGAUUAUUAAAUUUUUUUUGUAAGUUUGAACUGCUGAUUCUGAUUUUCUUUUCUAAAAACUAUAAUUGACAGCAUUUACAUUUAGUCAUUUAGCAGAUGCUUUUAUCCAAAGCGACUUACAAAUGAGGACAAUAGAAGCAAUCAAAACUAAUAAAAGAGCAAUGAUAUGCAAGUGUUAUAACAAGUCUGUUAGCUUGAACACUUAGCAAGGUUUUUUAUAUAUAUAUAUACACAAACAAAAAUCUAUACUGUUUAAUGCAAAAAAAAAAAUAUUUACAUUAUAAAAUAUUAUUAAACAUUACAAUUCCCCCAAUCUGGACAGUUACAGAUGUUCUCUCACUUAAACAACUCUCAAAAUAAAGUGUAUUUAACAAAACAGAUGUCAUUUCCCUCUGUUUAUAAAUGGUCAUUUUUCCCCCUAACCUUAUGAAAUAUGUCAUCUUUCACAUCAAAUUCUUACAUUGUAUCAAUUAAUUCAGUUAAAAUAAUAAGAAACUGUAAACUGCAUCUCUCCUGCAGCAAACACAGAAGCUGCAUCUGAAGUGGCAUUAGAUGCAUUUACACACUGUUCAAUGAAGCAUAAAUGCAUUUAUGCCACACAAUUUCAAAUGCAAAAAUAAUUAAUGUUUUAAAUAUUUUAUAAACAUACAAAUAAGAUAUGUUGGGAAAAAUGCAAUGAUAGUUUUAAAUAUGAAACUAAACCAGUAGGUGGCGUGGAUUCAUUCAGUAACAAAACACCUGUGUGUGUUGCUCAGAGACACAACAGUUCUGCUGUGGCUUUGACCGGAACUAUUUUCAUCAGUGAAAUUGAGCAAAAACAGUCAAUAUUGUGUCUAAAAUGUAAGUCACUUCAUUUGACAGCUUGUUUAUUGAACUACUAUUGCGUAAAACCACAUUGCAGUUGUGUUGAAACAUUUUGGUCGUGCAAUGUUGGAUACCUAAAUCAUAUAAUAUAAUUUUUUUUCUCGUUUACCGCAGUAUGCAUCUAUAAGUUUCUGUGUGUGCUGUUGCACUCAUUUGUUUUGUUUUCUGCACGAGUCUCUCUCACACACUCACUCAGGCUGCGCGAGCAUCAUCUGGCGUGACAUCUAUACGUUAUCAGUCGCCGUAAGUGUGACGUUAAAACAGACCGCAGGGCUUGCAAAAUCUCUGGCCCGACGUCCCGGGGCUGUUGUGUUUUCCAGUCGGGCUACCAAAAUGUAUCACCGCCUGCCCGACGGGCUCCUUAAAUACAGACCUCCCGCGGGUCCUUAAAAACUCUGAAAGUGAGUUGUAUCAAAAAUAAGGCCAAGAGUAAUUUUAUGGCUCAAUACUGUAUGUUACUAUAGACACUGUCCAGCCCCGCUCAUUCUGUGUUCAUUUUACUUGUGCGGCUCUUAAAAUGGGUCAUAAAUUGCCUUAAAUAUAUUUUUUAAAAUUCUGCAGAUACCCUGUAAAUAGUGAAAUAAAAUUCCUUCCUUCAUAUUUGUUGAUAUUUGUGUAUUGAAAAUAUUUUUGAUUGACAUUUAAACUCCUAUCUGAUUUUCUAUAUUUAAAAAAAAUAAAAAAUAAAAUAAAAUAGUAAUUUUUUAAUUCUGGCUAGUUAAAUUAAUUUUCGGGCUUCCAAAAUCUGAAGAGUACCUGCCCGAAGGGCUACCAGGGAUUUUGAAAUUUUGCGAGCCCUGGACCGGCAGUCACCGGCGCGGGCGAUCAUGUAGAAAACCGGCUAAUUCCGGUCCCUGGCCGGUCGAUCGGUGCAUCAUAUUAUUGUUAAGUUCUAUUAUAGUAAAAUGUACUUCUCAAAAUAAAAAUAUCACAGUGCAUUGAAACACGUAAUUUUUUUUUUAAAUAUCACAAUUUAUCUUCCACGUUUUAAUUUGACAGUAAAUCUCUGUUGUGCAGGACUGUUUGCCAAACAAUAAAAGGAAUUGUUCAAAUUUAAUUUGGUUACCUUUUAAAAGAUCACAAUUUUUUAACACAAAUGUGCAUCAAUUCAUGAAAUAUAGAAUCCAGAAAAGUUAGAACAGACAACACAAUUUCUAAAAAAAAAACAUUGCGUAGUGCACUAUUAUUGUUAUUGUUUUAAUACAUUUAUUUUUUAUGACUACAUUUGCUGAAAUGUGCUAAAAUCACUGUAAUGCACUGCGUCUUGUUGCUGAAUGUGAUGUUUUGUAAGUUUCUCUGCUGAUCUGCUCUCUCUCUCUGUCUGUGUGUGUGUGUGAGAGAGAGAGAGAGAGAGUGUUUGUGAGUGUUUCUUUGUGAGUGAAUGCGUGAGCUUACGAGUGUGAGUGGAUGUGUGUGUGUGUGCGUGUGUGUGUGUGUGUGUGUGUGUGUGUGCGUGUGUGUAGUAUCACUGCGCACCGCUGUGUCUUGAGCAGGAGGAACGUGAUACUCAUGUAUUGAGCUCUCCAGUAAAACCGAUCUUAAUGUCAAUGGCCACUGCAUGUAAGAAGCACCUUCAGACCUCCUCUGUCCCACAGACGGCAGGCGCAGCCCGCGACCAUGAUUUGAGGAUCAGACUCUGUCUUAAUGUUCGCCUUAACCGCAUACACAUACCUCACCAUCUUCGAUCUCUUCAGUUUGAUCACCUGUCUGCUGAGUUUCUGGGUGACCAUGAAGAAACCCAGUCAGGUGUACUCCUUUGGCUUCGAGCGUUUUGAAGUGCUGGCGGUGUUUGCCUCCACUGUGCUGGUUCAGCUGGGCGCUCUCUUCAUCCUGAAGGAAAGCGUGGAGCGUUUCGUAGAGCAGCCCGAGGUGCACACGGGGCGUCUGCUGGUGGGAACAUUUGUGGCUCUGUUCUUUAAUCUCUUGACUCUACUGUCUGUCAAGAACAAGCCCUUCGUCUUCGUGUCUGAAGCCGCGAGCACCAGCUGGCUUCAGGAGCACGUGGCAGACCUGAGCCGGAGUCUGUGCGGACUCAUCCCGGCGCUCAGCAGCAUUCUCCUGCCCAGAAUGAACCCGUUUGUGCUGAUCAACCUCGCUGGAGCUUUUGCUUUGGGCAUCACAUACAUGCUCAUCGAAAUCAAUAACUAUAAUGCGAUGGACACCGCGUCUGCCGUUGCCAUCGCCCUCAUGACCUUUGGCACUAUGUACCCCAUGAGCGUGUACAGCGGGAAGGUGCUGCUGCAGACCACCCCCUCUCAUGUCAUCGGUCAGCUUGACAAACUGCUCCGAGAGGUGUCCACAUUGGAUGGAGUUCUUGAAGUCAGAAAUGAACACUUCUGGACCAUUGGCUUUGGCUCUUUGGCCGGCUCCGUUCACGUCCGCAUUCGCAGAGACGCUGACGAGCAGAUGGUUUUGGCCCAUGUGACCAAUCGGCUGCACGCGCUAGUGUCCACGCUGACCGUUCAGAUCUUCAAAGACGACUGGGCGCGUCACUCGCUGACCUCCAGCACCCUGCCCACCGGCUCGCUCAGCCUCUCGGAGUACGUGGCUGCGGCCGCCUUCCCUCCAGCGGGGUCCAAACCGCACGAGGAGUUGAACCCGGUCACGUCUACGCCUGCGAAGCCCAGCAGCCCUCCUCCCGAGUUCUCCUUCAACACGCCGGGGAAGCACAUCCAGCCCGUGGUGUUUCAGACGGCCCAUCAGCACAGGCCCUUCAACGCACCUCUCUCCUACGGGAUGUCUCCCUACUCCAGCAUGCUGAACCCCAGCGGCGGCCCUGCGACGAGGCCGGGCUUCGGGGUUCAAGGAUACAGGACUCUGAAUGCAGCGCCACACAGAUACGGCAGCGGUCUGCCCUCGUCACAGACUGGCCAACAGAGACCGUGAACUGAUCACACCAUCAUCACGCCGCUAGCCCACCACUACCCUGAGUAUUUAUUUUAUCGGGACCAAGAGCAACAGUUUUAUUUUCAAUGGAUUUUUUGUCUGUAUUCUUUAUUUGUAUUAAACCGCUAUCAGACA